UCAGAACUCGGAGGGAGAGCGGACCGUGGUUGGGCGGACGGUACUCGGAGGAGGGGUGCCGCUCGCUAAACGUCUGUGUCAGCUCCAACUGUUUGCUAUCACCCGUACCUGCUGGCCUGAUGUAGCAGGUUGCCAUCUCCUCUGCAAUGAAGGAAAUCCACUCCAGUAUCGUGAUUAUGGACUGAAGGUAAUCCACAAGAGUGAGUCACACUAGGCUGACAGUUGGGCUGAUGGUAGACCAGCAUGGCUACUUGUUCCUGAAUCAAAGAUGCAUGCUCUCUCUUUGGACUCAUCCCUCUGACUGCUACUGAGCCGAUCCAACCCUCCAUCAGACAGUCCCAUCUCCACCUCCACUGUUCUCUACUGUACUCUACUGUUUUCUCGUCUCCUGUCCUUCAGUCAUUGUCCUGGUCUGACCCUCUGUAUGUCUUACAGAUAGAGAGGGAAGUGUUAGCUGACUGUUUGAUAGGACAAUUCCUCCCUGCUAUUCAUGAAAGUUCAUCAGGGCCACAUGCAGCAGGGGGAUGACAGUCAAAGGGAGCCAGAGGGGGUGGGCCCCAGUUCAGGUCUUGAAGCUAGAAGAGGGGCAAGGGGGUCACAAGUCCCGGGGUUGAAGAGAGCCUCAUCCCAGUCAGAGCACCCCUCCUUCAGUAAGAUGAGCCAAAACGCCAGGGAGAGCAUGGGGGUUCUUGGCCAGGGUCUGAAACAGCUGUUCCAGCAUCAGCGUAAACGCCUCUCCCUCUCUCGCUCCACCAUCCCCUCUUCGUCUUCCUCCUCGUCUUCCUCUGUAGUGUCAGCAGGUGGCACUUCCCCCGAGGAUGCCUUGGGGCCCUGCUGUCCUGAAUCUGACCACCUCUCUGCUCCUGUGGUUCCCUCUGCAGCUGGCCAGGGCUCAGGCGCUGCGGGCAUGAUGAGGCGUGGGACCAGCCUGCAGAGCCGCCGCAGUAAGGGAUCCGGUUCGGGAUCUGGGAGCGGAGACCGCGAUCCUCUCCUGAGAGGGAGCCCCCAGGCCCGGCACCGCCGCUACACCCACGAUCCACAGCAGCAUACCAGCCGUCCACGCUCCUCUUCCACAACUGACACCACACCCAGCAGCCCCAUUCCUGGAUACACUGGAGGUGAUGUGGUGCUGUCAUCAGGGUACCACUCCACGGAGGAGACGGACAGGAUCGACCGGCUGGAGGUGAGCGGGCUGGGCCAAACACCCCUGACUUUUUCAUGUGGGGCAGACAAUUCAUUCCCGGGAGGUGAGGAUUGCACCCCAGAUCCUCAGCGCACAAAGCAGGCAAUCGCCCAGCUGCAGCAGAAAAUCCUCAAACUCACAGAGCAGAUUAAGAUCGAGCAGACAGCCAGGGAUGACAACGUUGCAGAGUACCUCAAACUGGCCAACAAUGCGGACAAACAGCAAAGCACACGCAUCAAACAGGUUUUUGAGAAAAAGAACCAGAAGUCUGCGCAGACCAUCCAGCAGCUGCAAAGGAAACUGGAGCACUACCACCGGAAGCUACGGGAAGUGGAGCACAACGGUAUCCCACGCCAGCCCAAGGAUGUUCUGCGGGACAUGCAACAGGGCCUAAAGGAUGUCGGAGCCAAAGUCACAGGCUUCAGUGAAGGCGUGGUGGACAGCGUAAAGGGAGGCCUCUCCAGCAUCUCCCACGCCACACACUCUGCUGCUGGGGCCGUUGUGUCCAAACCCCGGGAGAUUGCAUCGCUGAUUCGCAACAAAUUUGGCAGCGCUGAAAACAUCCCGUCGCUUAAAGACUCUCUGGACGACCCCUCAGUAGAAGAAGGUGUGACAGGGGCUGGUGGACGUUCACUGGGCAGCGCUGGGCAUCACCUCCAACCCAGCCCCAAGUACGGUAGUGAGGAUGACUGCUCUAGUGCUACAUCAGGCUCAGCGGGGGCCAACAGCACCACAGGGGCACCCGGAGGGCCCCCAAGUUCCAAGGGCAACACACUAGAGAGGAGCCAGAGCUCCAGCCUAGACAUGUUGCUGCAGGAGAUGCAGGAGCUGAGGGAGGGCCAGACAAGGCUAGAGGAGAACCUUGAUGGUUUGAAGAGCCACUAUCAGAGAGACUACACAGUUGUUAUGCAAGCACUGCAGGAGGAACGCUUCAGGUGUGAGCGUCUGGAGGAGCAGCUGAACGAUCUGACAGAACUUCACCAGAAUGAGAUCCUCAACCUCAAACAGGAGCUGGCCAGCAUGGAGGAGAAGAUCGCCUACCAGUCAUACGAGAGAGCCAGAGACAUACAGGAGGCGUUGGAGGCGUGUCAGACCAGGAUCUCUAAGAUGGAGCUCCAGCAGCAGCAGCAGCAGGUCGUCCAGUUGGAGGGGCUGGAAAAUGCCACCGCCCGGACCCUCCUGGGAAAACUUAUCAAUGUGCUGCUGGCCCUUAUGGCUGUCCUUCUGGUCUUUGUCUCAACUGUGGCCAACUGUGUGGUCCCCCUUAUGAAGACCCGCUCGCGCUCGCUCUCCACCCUCCUCCUCAUCCUCCUGCUGGCCUUCUUGUGGAGAAACUGGGACGCUCUCUCGGGGUACACGCACCGCGCUCUGCAGCCCCCAGGAUGACCAAGGGUGAAAGCAGCACAUGUUGCUUUGGUGACACCAAGUGAUGAUAACUUUAGCUGCAAUCAUGCAGGAAGUUUGAAGAACGCGAUUGCCGUUAGAAUGGCUGCGUGGCCGGGCACUGAAAAUUCGGCCUAGCACAUUCGGACACGGCGUCAAGAAAAAGUGGAAGACACGGAGUACAAAGUUGAGAACACUCAUGAUUGUCAUUUAGGAAGGACGAGACUGUUUACAUUUUUUGAAAAUGAACUAUUGUGUUGCUGUUCCUCAGAAUGCAGCAUUGUACUGUUUUUAUCUUUUUAGAGUUUAAUCAAUUAUAAUGUUAUUUCUAAUAAUAUUAUUUUUAUUUUGAACGUUAUUUUAUUCAGUACCAUGUAGCAUUACGCUCCUCUCACUCUACAUGACGUGGAGUUUAGUCAGGAAACUGGGUUGGCGAUUUGCUCCAAAGGCCCAGUCCAAUAGUAGAGAUGUGCAAAUGUGAUAAUGAGGUUGAUUGCCUUUAGGAAGAGAACUCUUACCUAGCUGUGAAUGGUAGAUUUGAACCAUGGCUAUGAAACUUCCUGGAAGUUGCUCCUUUUCUUGCUGUGAUGAAAGUUGUUCAUACAGAACAUCUUGAGGGACUGACCAUGAACUUUGAGUGUCGACUAGAGACAUUUUGUGCUUCCUUACCAUUUCUAAUAGCAAAGAUCACAUGCUUUUACUUACUUCCUUUUUUAAGUAAAACAAGAUUGUGUUUAACAGGGGAUAUUAUAACUGAAACAGACAGAAUGGGCCAGUUUCAGAGGAAAAAGCUACAACAGGCUAUUGUUAAGCAUCUGCAAUAUUUGCAACAUGUGAACAAUGCUGAGCGUUUUCAUUAAAAAAACUAGAUACAUCCAAUGUUGUGUUUUUAAAAGCAAUGACAAAAGGCCAUCGUCCAAGUAAAAUCUAUUUACCAGGAUAAUUGUCCCCCUCCGCCAUAUUUGAUGUGAUCAAGUCAGGAAAGAGAGACAACUGGUGCUUAUCCAGCUCCAUCUCAGCUGGAACAGGAAUGCUGCUGCUUUAUAUCUACAGUGCAAGUUGUCUCCACUGCCAUGUCAGUCAAAUGCACACCGAUACUGUACUCUUCAUCAGACUCUCCCUGCGUAUUAUUUCUCUGGCCGUCUUUUUACACCAUCUUAUGGUGUAAUCGCACAGUGCCAAACCUUAGUCAAUCCAGGGAUGCCUGAGCACCAAAAGGGUCCAAACUGAGAAGAAAGAAAGGGGAUGUUGCUUCAAUUCAGAUAUGUCAUGAAUGUCUUUCCUGUAUGUCGAUGAUGUAUCUUUUUGCAAGGGAAAAUCUAUUAGAAUUCACAAUAUGAACAUGAACUUGACUCCAGAACUUCAGUUGUUUCUGCACCUUGCCUCCUUGAGUACAGUUCCUUUGCUGGGCGUCCAGUCUUUCUUUUAUUCUCUGUCACUGUCUCAUCAAGUCAAGGACACAACACGGUGUCCUAGCACAUUAAAUAGUUCAUUGUGCAUUUCAUGCUGAGAAGCUGAUUUCCUAACAGAUAGCGAGAUCAUUUGAACUGUACAGCUGCACUUUAGCACACGGCUAGAUAACAUAAAUCAGGCUGAGGCUUGAGAAAUCUUUGAUAGAGACUUCAAAGUUUGUCACUUUUAAGACAGAAGGCCUCAGUGGGAUCAGAAGAGUUGACUCAGGGCAGGAUCACUGUCAUCCCUGUCUAAAGAUAAAACCCACCGAGAGGAAUUUAAUGCUUUUCUUGUCAAAACGUCGAUAAACUUGAUUCCUCUCGACUUGAACAUGCAAUUAAAAAUGAUGGAUUUAUUGAUCUUUUUCAUUUUUGCCAUGGCGGUCACAGCAGACAAGUUGAGAGUGAGCUGACCUUUGACCUCAUCUUGACCUUGCAGUGACACCUGUGAUGUAGGGUUGUGUGUGAAACCACUCUGGUGCCUUCUGAUGUCCUUUUCUAAGUGUGGAAUAAAUAAAGUGCAUUCCUGACUAA